AUGAAUAAUAAUAAUAAUAAUAAUAAUAAUAAUAAUAAUAAUAAUAAUAAUAAUAAUAAUAAUAAUAAUAAUAAUAAUAAUGAAGAAAUUAAAUUUAAUUUAAAUAUAAAUGAAGAAAAAGAUGAUGAGAUUAAAGAUUUAUAUAAAGUUAUUGAAUCAUUAAAAAAAGAAUUAUUUGAAAAAUAUAAAGAAAAUUUAUUAUUAAAAGAGAAUUUAGACCAGGAAAUAGAAUUUAAUAAAGUAUUAAAAUUUGGAAUGUUUGAAAAAAAUAAAGAAUUUGAAAUAUUAGCUACUCAAUUAGGAAUUUUAAAAUCUAAAUAUGGAAAUAAAAAAUGUGAUAUUGAAGUUAUAAUCAUUAGUAGUGAUGAUGAAGAUGAUGAUAAUAAAAAUAAAAACCAAUUAAAAGAUAUAACCACUACCACUACCUCCUCCACCACCACCACCACUACUACUACCUCUACCACCACUACUAAUAAUAGCUCUUCUGAAAAUAAUUUCGAUGAUCAAAAUAAAGAAGAAGUUGUUUUUUGUAAACCUUAUAACCAAAGUGAUAAUGAUGAAGAUUCUAAAAAUAAUUCAAAAGAUUUAGGUUAUAAUGAAAAUAAUAUUGGUGGUGAUGCAACAGUAGGAGAAUAUAACUCUUAUGUUGUUAAAAAAGAAAUGUAA